AUGUCGCCGUUUUCUACGUCAGGACAUCAUGGUAACCUUAUCGUCGCGGAUCUGCUUAUCGUUGCGGAUCUGCAUUUCAUCGCGGAUCUGCAUCUCGUCGCGGAUCUGCUUAUCGUUGCGGAUCUGCAUUUCAUCGCGGAUCUGAAUUUCGUCGCGGAUCUGCAUUUCGUCAUUGAUCUUCUCGAGGAGCAGCUCCAGGUUAUGUCUGGGGUUCCCCCGCAUGCAUCAGAAGCCUUCAGAGGAGCAACCGCUUUCAGCAGUCUUUCAUGCUUCAUGGCGGCAGCAGAGGACCAGCUCCAGGCGUGUGAAGGUUAUGUCUGA